CGCGGGCAGCUGGCGGUCGCGCUGCCCGCCGCGUCGCUCGAGCUCCUCCUCCGCAACGCCACCAAGGCUGCCUACGAGGCGUUCCUCGCCCGGCUCGCGUCGGUGGCGGACGCAGACGACCCGGCCGCGUGGCUGCAGCCGUACGCUGAGCAGCUUCGGAUCGCGGUGGAGGGGGAGGCGGCGCGGCGGCGGCUCGCGCACCAGCACGCCGCCGCCCUCGCGCAGGAGCGCGCCGUCAGCCGCCGCCUCCGGGACGAGGCUGGCGCGAGCCGCGACGAGAUCGAGAGGUUGCUCGCGCUGCGAGACGCGUCGUCGAGGCUGGAGCGGUGGCGCGGGCUGGCGGCCGACCUGGCGAUGUUCGCGCUCGCGGCGGGGUCGGCGGUGCUGCCCGGCGGAGGAGGGCUCAACCGGCUCGGCCCCGCGCUGCGCGUCGCCCCCGCGCUCUUCUCGAGCCUAUUCGCGUGGCGCGUCAUCCGACGGCCGGUGCCGGCGCUGCUACGCAGCUUGGGGCACGCGCUGCACCUGCCCGGCUGCGCGCCCGCGCCGCCAGCCGCGGCGGACGCCACCUAGGCCUCCCGCGCGAGUGUGUGUGUGUUACAUCUCGUGUCCGGCCACCCACAUCCCUGAACCCUGUCCACUGCCCCCCCCGCUCUCGUACCCGUGUGUGGAGUGUGCGCACCAUUCUUGCACACUGAGCGGAGAGGGUCGGCGUUGAGUAAACAUUUGAUCUGCAUGCAUUU